AUGGGUCUUGUUGGUCGUCAGAAGCGUGUUUUAAAGAGUCCCAAUGAGCCCGCUCCCGAUCUCCUCAAGCAAGGUCCUUUUACUCGGGCCAUUUCUAUUGCCUCUUCUCGAUCGGCCUCAUUUGACUUCCAGGCUGCAUCCUCUCCUGGCUCGACACCGUUGAUUACUCCGGAGACUGCUGCGAAUGUGCAGCCGUCCUACUUCAGUUUGAAUCAGAGUGGCCUCAGUAGACAGAGCUCUCGCCGAGCAUCAGGUUAUCGCAGUGACAGUGCCGGUAGUGACAGCUUGAAUGGCAUGUUCAGGACGUUUUCCCUCAAUGAUGCCGGAAAUGAACACCAUGCGGUGUCACCCAAUGUGCUGUCGACAAGUCUGGCGGAGGAGGAGGAAGAGGAGGAGCCGCAGAGCGACGCUUACGAAUCUCCUCACCUUUAUCCCCUGCAGCCAACAUUCAGCAAUUCCGUGAUGUACAGCACGCCGCCCCAGCAGAGUAUGCUUCCGCCCGUGAUGGCACUGUUCGAUCCCGGGGACCAUGACCGCCGCUUUGUUGGCACUCCUGACUAUCUGGCCCCCGAAACGAUCAAUGGCAUUGGCCAAGACGAGAUAAGUGAUUGGUGGUCGCUGGGUUGCAUCAUGUUCGAGUUCAUCUUUGGCUACCCUCCUUUCAAUGCCCCGACUCCUGAUGAGGUAUUCGAGAACAUCCUUCAAAGAAAUAUCAACUGGCCUGAUGACCCAGAGGAGUACACUACCCCCGAAGCGUUGGAUCUGAUGAAUAAGCUCAUGACAUUGAACCCGCGGGAGCGUAUCGGCGCCAAUGUGGAAGAAAAGUAUCCCAAUGGCGGUGCCGAGAUCCGUCACCACCCCUGGUUUGCUGAUAUCAACUGGGAUACUCUUUUAGAGGACAAAGCGCAGUUCGUGCCCAACCUUGAAAACCCCGAAGAUACAGAGUAUUUUGAUGCUCGAGGUGCGACCUUGCAGGCUUUCGCAGAAGAGAUGGAAGAUGAGCCUUCGCCCCAGGGUCAAUCGGGCUCCGGAUCUUAUCCUGACAGGCCUCAUGAUGCGCUAUUCAAAGUCCGUUCUCAGGUCAAUUCCAUGAAGCGCCCGUUAAUGCCUCUACACAUCCCACCCCACGUUCGCGAUGCUCGGGAUUCACGGAGCCGGAGAUUGAGUGAACCAGCACUAGCCGAUGACUUUGGUAGUUUCAACUUUAAGAACCUUCCUAUGCUUGAGAAGGCGAAUAAAGAUGUCAUUCAAAAAAUGCGACAGGAGGCCAUGCAGGCACAGCAUCGACAAGCUAAUUCGUCGUCAUCGGCUGUCCAAACGCCCUUGACGGCCUCGCAGCCUUCUUUAGAAGGCAGCCCUCUCCCCAUGUCGCUGCAACGGACACUGUCACAGACCAAGGGCAAUAAUCGACCAUCGUCACCUUCCGGUCUUAGUCAGGCAAAUUCUUCGCCCAGCCGACCUUCCCAGCCGUCGUCUCCGUUGUUGGUCCAGUUCAGCACUGGCACCAACCAUGAAAGACGCAAGACUUCCGGGUCCUCCUCGACUGCCUCGCACCAGUCUAGUGGCACCUUCCAGCCAUCCUCUGCGGAUCAAUCGCGCAUGCCGAAUCUUCGCCUUGGCUCGGUCGCAUCGUCGCCUGUCAAGGCCAAUCGCAUUCCUGCACAUUCACCUGACAAGCAUCCGUCCAGCCAGCGCCAUGGAAGUGCCCCAGCGAGUCGUGCCCGGUCCCAGACUAUCGGAUCGCAAGAUGGAACGGAAUUCCCUGGGCUGACUAAGGAGUCCUUUGUGGCAUCUCACCACAAGCGCCGUAGUCAACUCUUCGACAUCUCACCUUCGUCCUCUGAUAAUGAGGACCCCCGGACGAAGGCCUUGCUCAAGGUCCAACGCCGCCGCCAAAGCUCUCGGCGCCUCUCCCAAUUCAAUAUUCAGGAUGGCCCAUUCUUCCGUCCACUGGACAUUCUGAUUUGUGAGGAUCACCCGGUCUCGCGUCUCGUUAUGGAGCGCCUGUUCGAAAAGCUCCGUUGUCGAACCAUUACUGUCACCAAUGGUGCCGAGGCCAUGAGAUAUGCUCUCAGUGAAGUCCAGUUUGACAUUAUCAUGACCGAGUUCAAGCUCCCGCAAGUCAACGGGGCCGACUUUGCACGGAUGGUGCGGGAGACUCGCAGUGCCAACAGACACACUCCAAUUGUGGCGGUGACUGGCUACUUGAAGGACCUCCCAGAGACGCACUACUUCGAUGCGCUCAUUGAGAAACCUCCCACAUUGUCAAAGCUGACCGAAGCCCUGUGCAAGUGGUGUAUGUGGAAGCCACCACCAAAGGAUUACAGCCCUUCUUCCCAGCCGCUCAACGUGUCAAUGGGAACCGGGCGCACGAACCCACUGUCAAAUGAUGACAGCCCUAGCUCGGCUUCAUCUGGGUUUGUGCCGCACCCUCCUAGCUCGUAUCGAGGGUCUAGCCGCGACGACUCGGUGAGUAGUAGUGUGUUCGGCGAUAUGGAAUCUAUCAAACCAGAUGAGGUCCCCGUCAUCAUCAGCCGGACCCACGAUGACUGGGAUCAGGGUCAGGGUGGACUGGGUAUCUCCGAGGACGCGCAUCCCGGUAGUCCUGAUCCCAAGGCCGUUCCUGUCCCUCAUCUUCUCCAUGCGAUGUCCGCGCCUGCCGCCAUGGAUGCCGGUGGUGCGCUGACGCCGCGGAAACAACGCUCUAGUGAAGCCAUUCGCGCCAAACGGGAGUCCUUGGAGAAAAAACGGUACGAAUGUGCCGAGUCCGGGGACGACGAGGACGAAGAGCUGGGUCAUUCGCAGUCCCGUCGCAGCCCACCGACUCGCAACCGGCGUCCGGGGUCUAAGCUUGGUAUCGAAAUGAUGCGCACCAACAGCCGUGGCAGUGUCGUCAGUGGAAGUGAAGAGCUUCUUAAGAAGGAGCGCGAAGCACUACGCAGGGCUGGCGAAUCGGACACUGACGAGGGCCCUCUGGGAUCCCCCGCAAGCACGAGUCUCGAAGAACGGUUCGACGGCAUGAGCAUCCCCGAGGAAUCCGAGUAUGAAGAACCCCUCAGCCCUCGAGAUUCACCUCCUGGGCUUCAAUCAUCACCUUCUCGCCGUCGACCUUCUCUCGCGCAUCACGAUACCUCAAUCUACGCUGGGCCGACAUCUCAUCCGGGUGGUUCCAAGUCCAGCUCGGAAGGGUUGAAGCAAGGCCAAACCACUCCACCGGGAGAUCUUGUCAAGGGUGCUGCUAAUGUCGGUCUCGGCGUUACUCCCAUCACCCCGGAGGUGAAAAUCUCCGACAACGGGUCGAAUGCCGAAGCCGGUUCAGGCGGGGAUACCGAUACUAGCCCCACGCCAGAUGCCGAAGCCACACCCCGUCCUCUGCACCCGUCUCCGAGCCUGGAUGCCGAGCAGACCCCUCGCGCACCAGACCGGUACCGAUCAACCACGUCAUUCUUCAAACGGUAA